AGCACUCGCAGUAACACCGGUCCCCCUCUGAGGAGCAUCGCAUCAUUCGGCGUGAGACGACGACGCCGCCGCUGGGCUGGCACGCGCUCUAAUUUCUCCCGGUUCGCACCGGAGGAUAACGCAGAGGUUUUUUUUAGACUUGCUCUCUGAGACGAAACGAGACGAGACGUUUAAAUUCAUCCUCGAACAGCUUCUCCGAACGGGAGAAGUCCCUGCUUCAAACAUGAGCAGUUUAAUGGCGUGUAAGGAACCGUUCGACAGGAGCUCCGAACCUGUGGAAGACACAGACACCACCAGCUUUGUGGCAAAGAUUUCCUUGGAGACCAAUUAUCCAGUGCAAGUCACAAAUCAUCAUGAUGCUGUGACACUCCACCUGAGCUCCAUGCCCUCCAGAUACCUGAGCCCCUCCUCUGAAGACAGGAUAAGACAGCCUGUUGAAGAUAUGGAAGAAUGCACUUGUCCAACAUCUACUUCACCAGACUGCCCCAAACAGCUGCAGAUCCUGACCAGCCCGUGUGAAAAAUGCUUCUGUCCAGCCCCGCCUCCCAAAAUCAGCGACCUCAUGAACGACAACGACCUGCUGGACUUGCUGCGGCUAAAGCUGGACCCGAACCACUGCACCAUCAAAAACUGGAAAAACUUUGCGAGCCGCUGGGGGAUGUCGUAYGACGAACUGACCCUGCUGGAGCACCGGACCCAGGGCUCCCUGUCUCACAGCCCCACGCUGGAGUUCCUGCUGCGCUACAACCAGAAGACGGUCACRGAGCUGACCGAACUGUGCCGCUUCUAUCAGCGCAUCGAUGUGCUGCGGCUGCUGCAGAGCUGGAUCGAGAAGGACUGGCCAUCACGCUGGCAGCAGACUCACUAACCUCUUCAAAUCUGUACACUUUAAGUUUUGGUUUGGUUUUUCCUGCCAGGGGUUACAUGCGUCGGAUUUCUUCUCUUUCAUGACUUUGAAUUGAAUGUUUAGUGAGCUGAUAAACAAGAGUGAACUGGAAACUGUGUACAUAUUUUUCAAAUAGUUUUGAUCUUUUUUAACAUUGUGCCUUACUACUUAGAGUUGCAGCUCAGAUUUAUGGUAAAUUCAAGGAGCAAAAAUGUUCCUACCCAUCACCUCAUGCAGUCAAUGGCUGCAUUCAAACCCUUCUCUGUGAUUUUUUGGUCAGACUUUGUGUGACCCUGUUCAAAAAACUUUUCAUUCACUCUGUACCAGCAAUGAAGAAUGAACUGGACCUGUAAAUUUUACACACCAUCACAGAAAAACUUUUUUUUUCUAUCAACAAAACAUCAACACUUGUGUCAGUURUGAGAGCAAAGCGAGUCGAGAUGCAGGAACGGUUAAUAAUUUUCAGACAGUUCUUCAGCAGAGCUGCAGCAACCGUGUGGGAACAAAGUAGGAACAGUUAGGUUAAAGACUGACAAAUGUCACUCACUGAUGUUCACUUGAAUAUUAAAUCCAUUCUUCUGUUCGUAGAAAUAAUCAUUUUCAGUGUUUGUUUUUGCAACUAAAGUUCUCAGAACCUUUCCUGUUAAACUCAUCCUCGUGUCACAGCAAAUAAACUGACGGUUGAAAGCUCCAAACGUCCAGACGCUGGGGAUCCUUUUAUUUUUUUUAACCAAGUUUGGGGUUUUUUUCGAUCAUUUUCUAAAAACCAUGGAUAAUUUCAUGACACACUAGCAAGUCUAAAGUACGAACACAUAGUACUAGUCCACGUGUCCCGCCUACUCCCUCAUGUUACUUGACUUUUAAGUGUGAAAUGAGUGAUGAAAAUGAAGAUUUGAGCGUACACCAGCAAAGUAAGAACCGCAUGGAGCCGCAAGUGUUGACGUCUGAAAAGAAGCGUCAAGGAUCAAAAUAUCCUGCACAUUUAAAAAGAAAACUUUUCUGAAACUUGCCUUGUGGAGGAGUUAUAAGUGUCUUUGUUCAUGAGUGAGUCUUCAGGGCAUUGCUUCGGUCUGUUGUGAAGAAAGAGCAGAGUUGAAAGGCAAAGCUGUGGAUUUACUGGUCUGGCUACGUUCCAACCCUCGCCUGUGGUCUUGAGGCGUGGAUCAUGACCAGAAGAACCAGAUCCUGGAUACAAGCAGCCGAAGGGAGCUUCCUAUAGGAUGUCUGAGAGGGGGAGGAGCUCUGUCAUGCAGCAGGUGGAGAUAAGAGUUUAUUUCUUCAGUUAAAAACUGCAAACUUUAGGAAUACAGAGUGAUGUUUACUUUUACAGCUGUUGAGUUUUGGUCUAUUUAAUUACAUUUCAAUGGUAAUAUUUUUGUAUCUGAUUAGUAGAAUAAAAUUAUUAGUGGUUCAUAAUUCUGUCUGAAUGCAAUUAAAACUAGUGUAAAACAAAA